AUGUCUCUGCUAACGGACACUAUUGUUGUGACAAUUUCUCAAAUUGUCUUUUUCGUUGGUGGUUGGUUGUUUUUCGUUCGUGGUUUAUGUCAAAACUAUGAUGUACGAAAUCGUGUAGUCAUUCUAUCAUUCGCCUUAACAUUUGCACUGAGUUGUACAAUGUUUGAAUUGAUCAUCUUUGAAAUUCUUGCUUUCCUCCAACCUACAUCUCGAUAUCUUCAUUGGCGUAUUGGCCUUUACUGUAUGCUCUUUUUACUUGUAUUCCUCAUUCCAUUCUAUAUCGCCUAUCUAUUAUUGAAUUCGGUUAAACUCGUUCGAGACUUUCGUCUGGUCAUAUUUUUUACAUUAAUUGCGUGGUGUUUUUAUUUGUAUAUAUUCUGGAAACUAGGCAAUCCAUUUCCGAUCUCUAAUCGACAUGAAUUCUUCAGUAUUGAACAGUGUAUCAGUCGAGUGGGUAUCAUUGGUGUUACCGCUAUGGCAAUUCUAAGUGGAUUUGGUGCUGUCAAUUGUCCUUACACAUACAUGACGUAUUUUAUUCGACCUGUUACUGAUAAGGAUAUCAGUGAUGCUCAAAAGCGUUUAAAACAAGUCAUGGAAAUUGUCGCUACAAAAAAGAAACGUGUUGCCUAUAUCGAAUAUGAAAAUUCUUUAAAAUCAACCUAUAAUUCGUCGUUCAAUUCAAUGAACAAUCGAUGGAACCCGUUUCGUCGAGCGUUAAACUUAAGUUUUACAUCACAACCGAAUUCAAACAUGUCCUACAAUCUCUCGUUGAUUAAACAAGAGAUUGCCACAUAUGAAGUCAUCUCCUCCGAAUUGUAUAGUGAUCUAGUGGAUCUACAAGGAAUUCAACAACGAAUUGGAUAUUCAAAGACAUUGAAAGGCAAAUACUUUCAUGUCUUAGGGCAUUUCUUUUCAUUAUAUUGCGUUUGGAAGAUCCUGAUUUCGUUCAUCAAUAUCGUUUUCAAUCGAGUAGGAAAAGUCGAUCCAGUGACACGGGGUAUUGAAUUAACAGUGCAUUAUUUCGAUCUACAAUUUGAUGUCCAAUUCUGGUCUCAAUAUGUCUCAUUCAUACUGAUCGGUAUCAUUGUUGUGACAAGUAUUCGCGGUUUACUAAUCACAUUAACCAAGUUCUUCUACAUAAUAUCAAGUAGUCGUUCGUCUAAUGUUAUCGUCCUAUGUCUUGCCCUACUCAUGGGUAUGUAUUUCAUAUCUUCCGUACUUCUGAUUCGAAUGAACAUGCCAGAACAAUAUCGACAAAUCAUAACCCAAGUGUUAGGUGAUUUGCAAUUCAAUUUCUAUCAUCGAUGGUUCGAUUGCAUCUUCCUACUGUCGGCAUUAUUUAGCAUCGGCAUUCUUUACUUACACUAUCGUGCCUCUCAACAAUCGAUCACACACUUUGAUAAAAAUGUUCAAAAGGUUGAAUAA